AGAUCAGAAGCGUGUGCUCAGAUCUCGACGACGCUUUCAGCUGUGUUUGGCGAUAUUGACCGACUUGUUUACUCUCUCUCCCUCUCAUCUUUCAACCAAGUCCCUUGGUUUUACAGUCUAUUUUCUUUUACCUCGUCGAAAUGUCUACUACUUCGACUCCACAACCACAGUGCACAGAAGUGGGCCCGUUUUGUCCCGUCCAAGACACAAUCUAUGGCUACUAUCCCAGUCUUGGAGCGAAUGCCUUCUUCGCUGGCUUCUUCGGUCUCGCGCUCAUCUUCCAGCUCUACUUUGGCAUCCGAUACAAGACAUGGACUUAUAUGAUCGCUCUUGGUUGCGGAUGUCUUGCCGAGUGUGUUGGCUACAUCGGGCGCAUCAUACUCCACGAUAACCCUUGGAACGAUGUCGGAUUCAAUAUUCAAAUCGUGCUGCUCAUCUUCGCACCCGCAUUCCUAGCAGCAGGCAUCUACCUGACGCUCAAGCACAUUGUCAUCCAGUUUGGUGCAGAAUGGUCAAGGCUGAAGCCGAACUGGUAUACCUACAUCUUCAUCGCAGCAGACAUAUCGUCUCUGGUUUUGCAGAGUGCCGGUGGUGCUCUUGCGGCGACAGCGGAUCCAGGAGAAUCCCUCCUCGAUAUCGGUACGGAUAUCAUGAUCGCCGGCAUCAUCUGGCAGGUUGUUGUGCUCGUCAUCUUCGGCCUUCUUGUUCUCGAGUACAGCAUUCGUACCUACCGCCGCCGCGACCGUCUCUCCGUAAAGGCCCUCGAGCUAUGGUCUAAUCGACGCUUCAAGUGUUUCUGCGGCGCCAUCAUCGUCGCCUACACGGGCAUCCUGGUUCGAUGCGUGUAUCGAAUCCCCGAGCUGCUCGGUGGCUGGGGCGGCGAGCUCAUGCAGGAGGAGACGGAAUUUAUCGUCUUGGAAGGUGUCAUGAUUGUGAUUACAGUGCUGGCGCAGACAGUGUUCCACCCUGGGCUAUGCUUCCCCGCGCUCGGGAAUACCAUUGGGAAGCGAAAGCAGGCCCAGGGGAGCGGGUCGGAGACAGAUGUCGAGAUGUUGGAGCAAGGACAGGCGGCCUCUAGGCAAAAGGUGUCCCACGGGGCUCCUAGGUCUUAGUGGGAGAAGCCGAGAAACGUGCAAGACGGAGGCAAUUUGUUUAAUUGGGACAUGGUAUGCGUGCGUUAUAUGCGUUAUAUAAGGUUUGGCAGGGAUGCCGAUGGCUGGGCUCUGGGUACGGCGUUGAUGGUAUAGAGACUCAAUCUUAAUGUUUAGACUUCCUUCUUCGUUGUAGCGCCGCGGACGGUUCUGGAAUGCAUAAGCAGAGGAUGCUGUAGAAAGAGGAAUGCCGACGGUGAUGCAACGCCAUUUCCGAUUCGCUAGCCUCACGAGCUCGGGCCCCGGCCCUCAGCCUCGC